AAGUCACACAGCUCCAGCCCAGCAGUGUGAUGUGCAGGCUGUAUGGGGAAGCACCAUGAUUCAUAGCACUCUCUGGGGCUUUGCUGUAGAUUCUGCAGUUGGUGGCUCGGUGGCUCGGGGAUCAGGAAGUGACAACAAGCUCCUCAAUCAAAAAAAAAAAAAGAAGAAGCGAAGACUUCAGGUGUGAGGAAGAUAGUCCUGGACUACACGGGCUGAUAAAUAAAACUGAUCUUACAGCAGAAGGAUCGGGGCUCGCUACAGAGGAGUCUGGAAGUGUAGCACGUAUUAAACAGCCAAAGGCAAACUGAAGCAAUGAGCGAUACUUUAGAAAAGUUCAUCUUGAGAACAGACAUCACAUUGAUAAAAAUGUGAGAAAUUCAAGAGAUUUUGCCGCUUUUUGAAGAUCCUGGUCCGCUGUGUCCAGGGAUUGUCUGUCUCUAGGCAUAUUGUCAAUGGCAGCCCAAAGAAGGCGCAUGGUAAAAGAAUUCAAUCCUUACGUCACUUGCUAUAUCUGCAAAGGCUAUCUCAUCAAGCCCACCACCGUCACCGAGUGCCUGCACACAUUUUGUAAGAGUUGUAUAGUCCAACAUUUUGAAGAGAGCAACGAUUGUCCGAAAUGUGGAAACCAGGUCCAUGAAACCAAUCCUCUAGAAAUGCUAAGGCUGGAUAACACACUUGAAGAAAUCAUAUUUAAGUUAGUGCCAGGACUUCGGGAAAGAGAAGACCAAAAGGAAACUGAAUUCUGGAAGAGAAAACAUCCAGGAGAAAGUGGAGAAGAUGGAUACCCAAACAAUAAAAGGCUUAAAGAUGAUGGAGAGGAAAAUGAUGAAAACAAAGACUACCACAGAAGCGACCCCCAGAUUGCUAUUUGUCUUGAUUGUCUUCGGAAUAAUGGGCAGUCUGGGGAUAACGUAAAGGGGUUGAUGAAGAAAUUCAUCCGUUGUUCAACGCGCAUAACAGUUGGGACUAUCAAAAAGUUUUUAAGUUUAAAACUAAAACUACCAAGUACUUAUGAGCUGGAUGUUCUAUGCAAUGGUGAGAUUAUGGGAAAGGACCAUACAAUGGAGUUCAUAUACAUGACAAGAUGGCGGCUGAGGGGUGAAAAUUCUUAUCCAAUGGUAUUGCAAUAUCGACCGAGAAUUGACUUUGGUUAAUUGGUCAGAACACACUGAGAAAAAACUCUGCACUGUGUUUACUCAUCGACAGAUUGCACAAUGAAUGGAUGUGCCUAAAUACAUGGACUAAAAGGACACCAUCUAUUUUCAGCAUGCAAAUAUGGAUGUGGUGACUUUCUCUCCAGUUUGCCAGUAGUCUUCUUCCUAGUUUAUUGUUCAGAAAUGAAGUGCCAGUCUGCUCCACAGCCUCUGACUUCUAGGUGUACUACCAACAUGCUGCAAACCCCAGAUUGUCAAAGUGGCUGUAUUACUGUUCUGCUGUGUUAUUGCUUAGCAGCAGUGUGUUUGUUCAUGACAUGUACAUUUUGGUGAAAUCGUAUCUGGUCUGCACUGUAUAGGUUGUCCUUGCAAACAUUUAACUGACAAAGUAACAAACACUUGCAUUAGGAAGCCAACAUGUAUUUGUGCUGAAUGUCCUAAAGACUGUUAUAUUAUUGGCUGUGAUUUGCCAGCUGCUUAGAUGCUGCCGCCCCCUGCGUUUUUUUCUACGUGUUUUCAAUUUACAAAAUGGCAAAAAGUACUUGCUGGUCAAUGUUGUCUCAAACUCCAUUCAGGUAAAAUGCUUAAAGCAGUAUUAAACCCAAAAGCAAACAUUUAUUAUAGUGCCAGCUUACCAAUUCUUAGAUGUGAUUGCUGCAUUUGUUUUCUUUUUACGUUUUUAUUCACUUGGUGAUCUAGCCUGUACAUCUGCUGUUUUUACAUCAGAACAGGCUGCCCUGCAGAUGUGACAGUCAUAGGGUUGAAAUAAAUCAUUUAUUAUUAUUAUUAUUAUUAUUAUUAUUAUUAUUAUUAUACAGGAUUUAUAUAGCACCAACAGUUUGUGUGGCGCUUAACAAAAACACUGCCAGAUGUGCUUAAAGGGGUUGUAAACCUUGGUGUUUUUCCACCUUAAUGCAUCCUAUGAAUAAGGCCCCAUUCA